GAAAGUGCGACCUCUCAAGCUGAAGUAUUUUGCCAACAUUAAAUGGAUCAAAGAUUUCCGAGGAGACAGUUUACUUUUUCCUGUGUAAUAAAUAGGUCUUUUUCAAAUUGCGGUGAAAAUAAAAGUGCAUUCAGAAAUAACAGAUUGGAGGCAUAAAUUUCUUCAUUUUUUGCUUUCUUAAGCAAGUGAUUCAUGAAGUGAUAUCGUCGAAGGAAAUAUGAGGUGAAACGAAAUAAUACGUUAUUUCCCCUCAAGGGAAUUUUGCUGUGGUGUAGUUCAUAAAUAAACAAAAUGGCACAAAUAUGAAUGACUUGGAAUUUAGGAGUGAGAUAUUUUUGCCUCAAGGAUAUUGAAAUAUGAAUACAAGUUGGACAUUUAUUGGAGAUUAUAUUUGUUUAAGUAAAUCAAAAAGGCAACUGCAACGCCAUAGCUAUGAUGCAGGUUAAGUUCACAGUUUCAUGUGAUAUUUUUUUUAUUUAACUUGAAAGGUUUGGCAUCUUGGCAAUAAUACUGAUACUGAUGGCAAACGAUGGAGUUCUGAACGAAAUUUGAUGUUUCAAAGCUUCUGAAAAUAAAUGCAGCAGUACUUGCAUCAACAGCUCUGCAGAUUACGAGGUUGUCUACGCCUACACAGUUGACUGCACCUGGUGUAGAGAACUUCAGAAACAAAAUUUCAUUAUACAAUGUCUAAAGUCCACAGCGUCGUAGCCUCUUACAUAUUCUAUGUUGCUCUUCAUUCACUAUGCGUAAUACCUGGUUCGUCCAUGAGCUAUGCUUGCCCUAGUGAAUGCACUUGCAAAUGGAAGAACGGAAAAGAAACAGCCGAAUGUGUAGGUGUCAAUUUGGUUGCAAUACCUGACGGCUUAAGAGGAGAAACUCAAGUAUUAGAUCUUAGUGGAAAUCUCCUUCAGUUACUACCUUUCCGAGCAUUCUUUAGAGUUGGACUCGUGAAUCUUCAGAAAGUAUUUGCUUCUAGAUGUGGCAUUUUGAGUAUAGCAAAUGAUGCUUUCUAUCAGCUGAGUAAUCUUGUAGAAUUAGACUUGAGUAACAAUUUCAUUACAUCGAUUCCAGCGAUCGCUCUAAGAGACACACCUUUACUUCGUCGUUUACUACUAAGCUCUAAUCCGAUUCAGCGGGUUGAGAAUGACACUUUCAUUUUGCUUUCCCAUUUGACAACUUUAGAACUAAGUAACUGUCAAAUUGAAGUUGUUGAACCACGUGCAUUUGAUGGUUUAAAGAGCUUGCAAUACCUCAAACUGGAUGGAAAUAAAUUAAGGACGUUACCUCCGGAAAUGGGAGAACCCUUUUCUUCCUUAUACGGUUUAGAUCUCCAUCAGAACCCAUGGCACUGUGAUUGCCAUAUAAGGAGUGUUCGAAAAUGGAUGUUACGCAAUAAUAUUCCCAUCAGCAGCCCACCGCAAUGUUUUGAACCUCAGCGACUACGUGGUUUAAGCUGGGAUACAGUCGGUAUCGAUGAUUUUGCAUGUAAACCGGAAGUCACCGUAGUGGAGCCUGUUGUCACUUUUACGGAAGGUGAGAAUGCAACUCUAGGCUGCCGUGUGCAUGCUGUACCAGAAGGCAGUGUAAACUGGAUAUGGCGGGGAAGAGUUAUUAAUAAUUUGACUCUUAUGUCUUUCGGAAGACAAAUGUAUCUGAUCAGAGAAGUGGGAACAACUCUCAAAGUCAAUUCUUUGACAAUUUUUAAUGUUAUGCUCAAAGACAGUGGCCGUUACUUAUGCGUAGCAUCAAAUCCAGCUGGUAGAAUAUCAGCUAACAUCACUCUUAAUGUAGUACCAAAAGAAGGUGAUAACGAUGCUCUAAGUGGGGAAGAAAUUGCUGGAAUAGUUAUUGGAGUCCUGUUUGUGAUAUUUGCUUUAUUUUUUGUAUUUAGCUUCUUUAUGCUCCGACACCAAAGGCUUUUUCCAAAUCGAAGUAAAGGUGGGGGAUUUACAAUAUAUAAACAUUUUUUCUCCUUCAAUAACAAUCACGUUGGAGCCGUGGUAAAAAAUACGACUGAUGUGGAUAUAAGUAUUCCUGCUAACAGUGGAAACGUCAUGGAUGGCAAAUGUAAUGCCGCCUCACUUUCUCCUGGUAGUGGAUCUGAAACUAGUGCCUACGGAGGAACUAAAAUGAAUAGUUUAGUACCUCUAGAACAAUAUAGUUUGCAUGAAAAUAUUAGUGCCCACAAUGCGACGUCUCCGACUGCUGAAAAGUGGUAUUCUCAUUCGUUAAAUAGACAUUCUAUUCGUGAAACUGAGAGAGGUAUAGAGAUGUGCGUCAUACCACCUAAUGAAAGUAAGAAUACCGAUGAAAAAUCCUAUAACUCUGUCAAAGAGGACCCAGAGAGCUACGAAAGGACAGAAUAUCGUCGACCAAUAACUAAUGAUGAUGAAGAGGAUGACGUAGAUAGCACUGGACCAAUGGUAUACGAAAUCAACCAGCCAGUUAAUGAUUAUUAUCUCGAUCACAAUUUACCGCCUCAUAAGUGUUCAAUUUGGCCAUUAUCUGAAGGUUCCUUUAAAGAUGAGAGUUACCAUAGUUAUAGUAGCCCUUCGCAAUCCAGUUGGAAAAGGAAUUCAGUCAUAAUCCCUCAACAAAUCCAUCAUGUUUUUUCACCUGAUGCAAGAGAUUCGCCAGACGAAGGCCUGGGAGAUGAACGAGAAUAUGAGACAGACAUUUUAGACUAAGGCAUUUACUGAAUGGAUUAUAGAAGAAAGCAGUGAUCUCUAAUAAUCUAUGUUUGUUUCUAGUACGGGUACGAUUAUUCUAACCGAUGACAAAUAAAUAAGAAAUUUACAGAAACGAAUAGAACAUGUGGCUAUUUCCCAUUUUCUGCGGAGAGGAAUAUUUUGUGUGAACUUUUUAAAUGGCGAAUCAAACAUAAUAAAUAGUGCAACAAUUAUGAUGGUUUUUUUUCACUAGAAUGAGAUGCAUCUUAAGGCCGUGAAUGGAAAUUACCAGAAGAUGUUAGUAUUGUAAAAUAAAUGUAUCAACUGUAACAUAACAUUUCGAUGUCCCAAAGCAUCCUAGUGUGUGAAAUAGGAGCUUUCUUUUAUAAAAAGUGAAAUCAAUGUUUCUAUUGACAAAGUUUAUCUUAUCCACAUUAAUGAAAACAUUCAUGAUGCGAGUCAGUCGCAUCUCUGUUUGUUAUUAAAGAACAAUACAUCUAAAUGAAUAGAUGUAAUAUAUUACGUUUCUAAAAUUUUUUAAAAUGAGCUUUUAUGAAGAAAAUUAAAACUUGAGCAUGAAUCAUGGGAGAGAAACCACAUUACUAUGUUUACAACCAUAAAGAUAUAUUUGACUAAAUGGUUUAAAUUCAUUUUUUAGCAUGUCAGAAUGCAUUUCGUUUUCAGACUGACAUCCAAUUCUUAACAACAGUGGAACUUAUUGUGUAACUGAAUUUCCAUGUGCAUACGCUUUCUUUAUGCGCGAGCUUUUGUUACAAAUGUGUCAUAAACGUCUUCCUUUCUAGUGAACAUACUGAGGAAGAGUGCUUGUAAUUGAAUUUAAAUAAAGUGUUUGGUUAAUGUGCACAAAUAAAGUGUUUGGUUAAUGUGCACAAAUUUAAAAUGAAAGAUAUUAAUAUUUAGAGAAGACGGGAAAAUAUUUUACAAGUAUUCACCGGCAGCUAUUUACUAUAGCAACCAAUAUAGAUGAUGUAGCUAUUUUAUAGAAAGCUAAUGUUCAAUCUUCAGGUUUCAACCAUGCUGCACAAAAAAUACAUUGGUGCCGUUUGUUCAUUGUUGUACAAAAUAUGUUUCAUGUAAAAAGAAAUUAUUAAUAAUUAUUUUACUUUACAUAUAUAUCACAAAUGUUUUGUUGUUUUGAGUAUUUUUAAACCAAUGAAUUAUCAAGUUAUCAUCUUAAUACUUGAAUACUAUUCCUCCAUUCCGUCAUGUUUAUUAAUUUAGUUUUGAUGUGGAAGAGACAAUAAACGUUAAAUUUUAUAUUAAAUUCUAAUGAUUUUUAUAUAAUUUAUAUUCAUCUUCAUUCACUAUUGUUUCCCAAGAACUGACAAAAAGAAAAAAAAGAUGAAUAUAUUGCUCAUUGAAGAACUUGAAUUUAUAUAUGUCCUGUUUUCCAUACCUGAAUGAAAGUUUCUACCGCUAAAUUAGUUUAUUAGGAAUAUGUAAGUUAGAACUUAUCGCUAAUUGCAACUUCAGAUUUUUCAUGAUUUAUUCAGCAUGAAUUAUAAAUUAUUCAUCCAAUAUAUACAAUUAUGUUUAUCUUCAUUUUUAUAUUUGCUCUAAAAAGAGAAACGUAAGGCAAUUUGCGAUAAGUUCCCCAAUUUCCUGCGCGAUACCCUUUGUAAUUUGUAAAUAAACGUUUAAUAUAUAUAUGAUAAAUAUAAUAAAUUACUAAUAUAUAUAUAUAUAUAUAUAUAUAUAGCCGAGUUUAUGCUACAUGUCUAUUUGUAUGGCACAAAUGUAUAAGUACAUUAUAUAACUGACAUAUGUGAGUAUAAUUUCUAAUGAUUUUUCUGGAAAUCAUGGCAUUUCUCUUCAAUGAACUGCAUCACUUCGUAUAUGUUCCACAUCACAUAUGUAAUUGAUUCCCAGUUUAUUUCGAUUAUGGCGUGAAUGUGUGUUUCUCCCAAAAGCAUAAAGCUGUUAUAAGCCCGUUGGUUGUUAUUUCUUAAAAAAUAAAAAAAAAGCUA